GCAGCGUGGGUUCAGUUCCCACUCAGUGACGGCGUGAAUGUGGGUGCGAAUGGUUGUCCGUGGAUGGAACCCCCCCAAGCCUGUCUGUGUCGAGAUGGUCCCGAGGGGGCGGCACCAAAUGACGUCGCACACGAGCGGAAAUCUUUUCCUCGACCACUUCUAGACUUUUACGUAGCCUUAUGUGGCUUCUCUCGUUUCCACCCGAUUAACAUUCGUGGCCGAACAUUAGCGUAGCAUUACAGUGAGCUGGGGGCGUUCGACUAGCAUCUACUCUGGCACGUUUUGUGGCAACUUCUGUCGCGUUAACGGCGAGCCGCAUAGCUAACGGCAGCUGUCAGGGUUUCGAGUCAUGUGCUAAAUGAACGUCGUCAUCCUGUGUGAUUUGUGGGAGCGAAUUCGCACGUAGUCCCAGCGUGGCUAGCUAAGCGAAGAAAUAACCACUCCUGCAACCAGGGAUGUAAUGUACUCUCUCUCUUCCGGGUUUUCUAUAUACAUUCCGUGGUCGUGAAGGAUACGGCUGCUAUGGUGUCUGCAGUGGCAUGUGUGGCUGCUCUUGGGUGACGGCGACACAUCUGUCCCAGCAUGAAGUUCCCGUCGUUCAAACUCUCCUUCUGUUUGGGAUUCCUGGUGGGAUUCUUCAUGUUCUACCUGUUUUUACGGCAAGUGGGCUUCGACAAGACUUUAUCCGUGCAACCAGUCAGCAGACUGGUUGAAAGCCACGAUCAGCAGCAUGAAGAAGAAGAAAAGAGGUGGAAGAAGGAGAGGUCUGCCCUCUUCAAUCUCAAACACCCGCAUCAUUCAGAUGAGGAUGGCAGAAUGGCAGAUGAAUUGUACAAAAAAGUACGUGUUCUUUGCUGGGUGAUGACUGGACCGAGCAACCUGAAGACGAAGGCUCGCUACGUGAAGGACACAUGGAGUCGGCAUUGCAACAUUGUGGUCUUUGUGAGCUCUGUAAACGAUCCGGACUUUCCAACUGUGGGUUUGGAUACAAAAGAGGGCCGUGACCAGCUUUACUGGAAAACCAUCCGAGCCUUCCAUUAUGUCUAUGAGCAUUACGGCAAUGAAGCCGAUUGGUUCCUCAAGGCAGAUGAUGACACUUAUCUAAUAGUGGACAAUCUGCGUUGGGUACUUGCAAACCACACCCCGGAAGAGCCCAUUUAUUACGGUCGAAGAUUCAAGCCGUACACCAAGCAGGGCUACAUGAGCGGCGGUGCGGGCUACGUGCUGAGCAAAGAGGCUCUGCGACGAUUUGUACAAGGAUUUCAAAACAAAGUGUGCACUCACACCAGCUCAGUGGAGGACCUCGCAAUGGGCCAGUGCCUGGAGAAGGUUGGGGUGCUGGCAGGAGACUCCAGAGACACUUUGCAGAGAGAGACAUUUCAUCCCUUCAUCCCUGAGCAGCACCUCACUGCUGUGUUCCCAAAGAGCUUCUGGUAUUGGAGCUACUGCUACUACCCCAUUUCACAGGGUCCAAGCUGCUGCUCUGACCUGUCUGUGUCCUUCCACUAUGUGCAUGACAGCAACAUGUAUUUAUUGGAGUACUACGCCUAUCACCUGCGUGCCUUUGGCUACAGAUACCGUUACCAGCCUCCCACCCCGCUCGGCUACGCCUAUGAGCAGUUAAGCUCCAAGGAUGCUGCUGCUGCUGUUGAUGUUGCUCCAAAAAAGAGCAAAGAUGUUUCUCAGGAAAAUGAACAAAAAGGUGUAAUUAAUGAAAAGAGACCAGAUGAUUCCCUCCCUCCAGCUGCCAUACAACUGUAGGACUGUGUGGGUGUGAGAAACAAUUUGAUCAUUAAUGAAGAAUUUGUUGGCUCUUAUUUGAAUGACACAAAAAAUAACAAAUGUGAGACUAGUCUUAGACAUCAGCUUCACCCUCACCACUUUUCUAGUUUGUCAUGUCAGUGCAGACUAAUUCAGCUGCAUUCUUUUUGAAAUGUCAAAAGCACCUUAUGUAUUCCUAUGACUACCAGCUAGAGUUGUGCCAUUGUUCAAAACAUAAAAAAAUUAUUUCAAUGACAAACCGGUUGAACCUCAUCCUCACAUGCAUUAUCGUCGCUGCUACACACCUUGAACAAACCAAACAACUGUUGCGUCAAUUGCGGCAGCUGUUACAUAAAAUGAAUGACAAACCAUUAUUCACACACUUCAUCAUAACCCAUAUUCCAUUCAGCUGUCAAAGAGUUCUACAUAAAAAUGGAUUUGAAUAUAUUUCCUUGAGCGAAGAAUUUGGAUCUAAUAACCCCUAAAUACUUAUUCAUUGUUUAGUUUGUAGAUGAGUGUGAUUCUUUUAUCAGUGAAACGGCCAUGAGUAUAGCUAGCCUUCAAAUUUAAAUGCACAAGCCAGCAGUAACAAAAUGAACUCCAGCCUACUUGACCGAUUUUUGACUAUGAAUAGGAAAGCAGACUUGUUACGGUCAAGUGACCAACAGCAGAAAAAGGAAGAAUCAUUCGGUGUUCUAGGUUGUGAUCGUAAACUGUUAUCUAGUUUAGACUUAGCAUGGACCAAACUUCUCUCUUUCUUUAGCAUUUACAUUGUUGGAAAGUUGAAAGUACUUCCCCUUCAAUUUUUUCUUCUUCGGCCAUUUUAGGGAACAGGCCAUAUCCUUCAAAAUAAGUACAUCAAAGCUGUAACAACAGUGGGACAAUUAAUCGGCAUUGCCUUUUACACACAACCCAGCAAAGGUAGGAUUUAUGCCACAAUUGUGUGCAUCCACAAAGCCGUACAACAUAGUGUUAAAAGCAACAGGCAGGAUGCCUUUCCAGCAUCACCUUCAACAUUAUCCAAUUCAUUGUAGUAUACUUUGUCCCAAAGGGCAUAAGGAAAAUACUACACAAGGUAGCAUCCAUUUUUCCAGGUUGUAGAAGUAGUAUUGAGGCCUUUUCAGCGCAUUCGGCAGACACUUCCACCACAUUUGAGGGCAGAAAGAACAGAUUGAUUUUUCAAUUUUAAAGCUUCGUUUUAUAUACUUGGCCACCUCAAGUUGCACUGUGCUUGCUCAGAUCUGUUAAGCUUCCAUCCAGACCACACAGCGAUUGACACCAACUGAACGUCUGUCUAAUCAGGAAACAAAAAAAAGAAAAUGUUGCUCGACUGCACACUUUCAAGAUGCUCAUCCAUCUGGAGGUUAAACAAACCUUUCCAGUGGUCCAUCAUUCGUCCAAAGAAAGAAGGCCUCUACUAAACCAUCCAUGUCAUGCACUUGGCUUGCACUACUUGUGGAAAAGGACAACCUCAGAAUAAGGAGGCAUCACAUCUCUGUUGGUUGUGGGUGUGUUGGCAUGUGCUAGGCCCACGUGUGAAUUUGCACAGUGAUGUCAAAAUAAAAACAAAUCUAGAUAAUUGGUAUUUUAUUUUUCCAGAACCCCUUAAAUGUGUUCUAGCCACUAACCGAGGUAAUUUGCUCACUGAACUUGAACAUGUGUGGGUACCUAUUCAAAUGCCUAUAGGAAAUGGAACCACACAGCUUCAUUUUGUCCAAGAGCACACGGUUAUUCACUAUAGAUUUAUUUGUAUGUAGAGAGCAUAACCGGUCUUUGUACAUGAUUGGUUUUAAAGAGGCUUAGUCGUAGGCAAACAACAGAUGUGUUCUGUAUUCAUCUUGCGAGUGAGCACCAUUUUUAAAGAUACAGUCAUUUGGCAAGUGAUUUUUGCUAAAGCAAACUUAAGACCGAUAAGCAUGUGAACAGCCGGACCAUUUGAACAAUUACAGGCUUCAUCUGCAGUUUGUAGUUUACUCAUCAGGAACCUAUGUAAUCUUUUGAUUACACGUUUCACUUUUCAAAUGUUUUCUAAGUACCUGUCCCUUUCCUAGCCAUUUCUAUACAGAUACAAGAAUUUCAGGUUUUGUUUCAUUCGAAAUUUAUUUUGUUUUCUUGACAAUCUGCUCCCGAUAACAAUGGAAUAGCUGUUAAAGGUGUACAGUACUGUAUUAGUUUGCAAUUUAUUUAUAAUGGUGUUGUUUUGAAUUGGUACCGGUACUUUAAUCACUAUAAAUAAAGCAUAUUUUAUUGUA